AUGGGAGACACUGAGCUGUGCCUCAUCGACAAGAAGAUAAAAAGUUUACAAGAAGUCCAGUUGGUUUCCACAAUAACUUCCCUGAAUCUUCACUGUAACAACAUCCCAAAGAUCGAAGGCUUCACCCACGCUUGGCACCUGCGUCACCUGGACCUCUCCUCCAACAGCAUCUCGCACAUAGAGGGCCUGAGCGCACUCACUUCUCUGAGGACUUUGAAUCUAUCCUGCAACUUAAUCACCAAGGUUGAAGGACUGAAUGGCCUUGUGAACUUAACAAGAUUAAACUUGUCCUAUAAUCAGAUUAAUAACCUCACAGGUUUGUUGUAUCUCCACGGCCCGCAGUACAAGCUUAACCACCUUAGCCUCCAUAGCAACCAGCUGGACAGCAUCGAUCACCUGCUCCAGUGCCUUCUGGGAUUGCACACACUAAAAGAAGUUGUUUUAUACAAAGACGGAGCAGACAAUCCGCUCUGCAGGUCGCCAGGUUACCGGGAGAUUGUUUUCCAGUCAUUGCCUCAGCUUCAUGUCCUGGAUGGUCUGGACCAGUUAGGAAACCCACGUGAAGCGCGUGUGCAUAAACUCGACAUUCCUGGUUUGGACGACUAUGUGGACCUGUUUCUUUCUUCUGACACCAGUCAUAAUGAUCCUGUUAAAGGCAGUAAUAUUCAUACACCCCGCAUUGAUGAAGCGCUGAACCAAUUUCGUCGGCAAGUUGCAUCAGAUGUUUUAGCAGAUGGCGGCGCGCAAUCGGAUCAAACGGACGCGGCUCCAGUGGUUCCCAGCGCGUCCAAUCCACCGGACCGCCAUAACGAAGAGCGCCUCAGGACACUGGAGCGGCAGGUGUCUCUACUCAUUCAGAAGGGCCCCACACUGGACAAACCCCGGAGCUUCAGCACACCUCCUGUAGUGAUGCUACGGCUUCCAAAGAGGGACACGGAUCGUACGUCGGAGAGCGAGUGUGACAGUGGGAAAGAAAACAAGAAGCGCUCACGAAUCCCCAAACAGAGAAGCAGCUCAGGAACCAGGAGCAAAGACGCAAAAACGAGAAGAUCCGACAGUGAUCAGGAGAAUCGUAAAACUACAUCUUCAAAGUCGUCUGUGGAUACCAGAAAGAAAUGUGUCAUCGCAGCAGGACUGGAGACAGCAGGGACCAUGCGGAGGCACCCUUUGAAAUCUACUGAAGCUUCUGGGCCUGUGAAAACAAGGUCCACCAACGAAGAGGAGACCUACAGGACCAUCGUGGAGGAGCGUGACCAAGAGCGGGAGCGGCGCUGGAAGGCUGAGCAGGCCGUGAGGAAGCUGACAGAGGAGAUGAAGUGUCUCCAGACAAAAGUCAGCGAGGAGCACGACCUCCAGAGUCUGGCUGUGCACACCACCGACAGGCUGAAGGAGCUGUUGCUGAAGGAGCGCUCAGGCCGCUCUGAGCUGCAGCGGCGUGUGGAGGAGCUUGAGGGCCGCUGUCAGUCUCUCACUCAGCAGCUGGAGCAGAGCAGAAGCACAGAGCAAGUGCACAGGGCUGGACUAAGCAAACUGGAGCUGAGCGUCGCCCAAGCGGACAGUCUGAGGGCCUCGCAGAGAGCAGAGGAGAUGAAGCGGUUCCAGGAGAUGGAGAACAAGGUUGUGGUGUUAAAAAGGGAGCUGGAUAUUCAAAGAGCUUCAGUCCAGCAGCACAAAGACAAACUUCAGCAUCUCCACGAACUUCUGGCUGCAAGGGAACAAGAGCACAGAAAGCAGCUGGAGAUGCGGCUUCAGCCCGGUGGAGCAGAUUUUCGGGAGGCGGUGGCUAAAGAAGUGGCGUCAGUCAAAGCAAAACUGUCUCAGAAGGAGCGUGAGCUGCAGAAAAGAAUAGCAGAGGGAAGGGGGCAGUACGCCGCGCUGGAGGACGAGUUUCGAAUGGCUUUAACUAUCGAAGCCACAAGAUUCUCUGAGGUGAAGGAGGCUUGUGAUCACAUGAGUGGAGAGUUGACAGAUUUGAGGUCGUCCUUGUCGCAGUCGCAGCAGAGAGAGCGGAAGUCUGCCACUCUGGUCCAGGAUCUCACAGCGAUGGUCAAAGAGCAGAAGAGCCGCAUCACAGACCUCAUCAACACCAAACGAGAGACCGUCGCGGAGCUCAAGAGCCGUCUGCAGAGGAUGGAGUCGGAGCUGGGGCAGGACCGGCAUGUGUCGGUGCAGCUGGAGCUCCUGAAGAAGGACAAGUCCAGACUGUUGUCUCAGCUCACAGCGCAGGAGUCUGUGAUUGACGGGCUCCGGGCCGAGAGGAGGAUCUGGGGACAGGAACUGGCUCAACAAGGAGCUUCUUUAGCUCAGGAUCGUGGCCGUCUCGAGGCAAAGAUUGAGGUUCUGUCGGCUGAGCUGGUGACACAGAAAAAACAGAAUGAAAGAGACAACGACGCCCUGAAAAUUAAAGCCAAAAUCGUCGACGACCAGACUGAGACCAUACGCAAACUCAAAGAGUCUUUGCAGGAUCGAGAAGAGCAGAUUCGGAAGGUGAAGGAGGAGGCUGUCCAGACCCACAACUCCCUCAAAGACACAGAGACGGAGCUCAAAGAACACGUCGACCGCCUCUCUCAGCGCAAAGAAGAGCUGAAGCAGCAGCUGGAGGAAAAGGAAGUGGAGCUGGAGGAAGUCAAGAGGGUUCACAGUGAAUCCAGUAAGAAGUGGCGGGACAAAGCUGAACUUCUGACUCUGCUGGAGACUCAAGUAAAACGAAUGAAAGAAAACUUUGAUUCAAAAGAGAAGCUGCUGCUGGAAGAAUGCAACAAAGCCACGGAAGCACAAAAAGCGGCUGUGGAGAAACUGCGAAGUAUCGAUGAUGCUUUCAGACAGCAACUGGAAUCACUUCAGGUCACGCAUCAAAGCGAGCUGUUACAACUGGCCUCGGACAAGCAGAGACUGAUAGAGCAGGCCAAUCAGAAGGUUUAUGAAGUGGAGGAAGAGAUGCGUCAGCUGCUGGAGGAGACAAGCGCUCAAAAAAAAAUGAUGGAGGAGAAAAUUAAACGACUCAACAGUGUACUGAAGGACUUUAGCUAA